AAAAAUGCCCUAUAUAUGCCAAUUAAGAAUUCUCUUCCACAUUCAGCAUUUCUACUCCCUCCAAGAAGAGUAUCAAAGCUGAAGCAGCAGCAAUAGACAAACAUGAGUUUCGUGAAGGGCAUGGCUAUAGUCUUGGCUGUGAUAUUCUGCGCUACGAUUGUUCAAGGUUUCCCCAUGUUCAAAGGGGGACGCUGUCUUUGCAUAGGCCCUGGAGUAAAAGCAGUGAGAGUGGCAGAUAUUGAGAAAGUCUCCAUAAUUUACCAAAGUAACAACUGUGACAAAAUAGAAGUGAUUAUCACCCUGAAAGCAAAUAAAGGACAAAGAUGCCUAAAUCCCAGAUCGAAGCAAGCAAACGUUAUAAUCAAGAAAGUUGAAAGAAGGAAUUUUUUAAAAUAUCAAAAUGUAUGAAGUCCUGGAAAAGAGGAUUUGAAAAUCUAGAACAAGUUUAACUGUCACUACUGAAAUGAUAAGAAUUCUGCAAACGGAAACUGACUUUCUCCUGCCUGUUGCAAUGUAUAUUCAUGCCAUUCUAGGUUAGGGAAAGCUACUAGGACAUUUGAUGCUUCUAACUAUUGUGCUGUGACUAUAAAAACAUUUCUGUCUCUAGAAUUUAUCUGUCUGUACUUGAUCUAUAUUCCACAUUACAAUCUGCAGUUACAAUGGAGACAUUAUUACUGGAUUCAAGACCUUGUGAGUCAAAAGCAUCAUCCAUGUGUGUAAUAAACAUUCCUCAAAUAAUUUUUAAUGUAAAGACACAUUUCUUUUCCCAAAAAUCAUAUAGCACAUAUAUACCUAGGAAAAAAGUUCUUACACAUCAUUGUGCUUUAUAAAAAGGAUGCAAUUCAUGAAAUUUUCUAUGAAAAAAAUUAUAAGCAAAGGGAAACUGGUAAGAGUGUAAAUAUUUCAUAACUGAAUUAGUAGCUCUGGUAUUAAUUUGAUUUUUUUUAACAA